GGCUUGAGUAAGCUUUUUAGUAAGAUAGACACAGAGACACAGUUGCUAAAAAAAAAAAAAAAGUAAGAUAGACACGAAAACGUUGUUGUGAACCCAAAUUAAAAAAAAAACCUCUGUAAACGACGACGCCCACGUGUCUGCUCCUCACCGUCUGGUUCGUCUUGUGUAUCCUUAGUUCGGUUCACCUGGUUCGAGCUCAAAACCAAAUCGGAGCCAUUACCCAUCCCGACGACGCCUAAGCUUUGAACUCCAUCUUCGCGGCUUGGAAGAUCCAGGCGCCAAAGGAAUGGAACACGAGCGGCGACCUUUGCUCCGGCCUUGCCAUCUCCGACCGCAUCACCAUCGAUGACACAGACUACAACCCUCUUAUCAAAUGUAACUGCAAUUUCCAAAACUACACAAUCUGCUGCAUCACCGCCCUGUACAGUACAAGCUCUCUUUUCUUUCUCUCUCUUUUUUGUCUCUGUAUGUCAGCCACUGAAUACUGGCGUGCUGUUGAUUUAUUUCCACAUCAAGGUUUUUGGGAUAGAUGUUGUAGGGCCUAUACCUCCACAGCUCUGGACUUUGACAUACCUCACCAAUCUGAACCUCGCUCAAAAUUAUAUUACAGGCUCCCUUUCUCCUGCAGUCGGAAAUUUGACUCGAAUGGAAUGGCUAACUUUUGGGAUCAAUGCCUUGUCUGGCCCCUUUCCUAAGGAAAUUGGUUUGCUUACAAAGUUGAAAUCGCUUGGUGUUGGUGUCAAUAACUUUUCUGGUUCUAUACAAGCUGAGAUUGGGAAUUGUACAAAACUAUUGAAAAUAUACAUGGGAAAUUAUGGACUUAGAGGGGAAAUACCCUUAUCAUUUGCUAAUCUCGUAUUGCUGGAAGACGUGAAAAUUCUAGGAACUAGCUUAACUGGUCCGAUACCAUCGUCAUUUUCCAACUUAAUUUCUCUGAGAGAACUGAGUAUUGGUGAUAUACCCAAUGGAGGUUCUCUUAAGUUCAUCAAAGACAUGAAAUCUUUAAGUAUAUUAGUAUUGAGGAACAGCAAUCUCACUGGGACAAUACCCUCCAAUAUCGCGGAAUACACAAGUCUGCAACAAGUAGAUUUAAGCUUCAUCAAACUACAUGGACCAAUUCCGGCUUCACUUUUCAGCUUAAGUAAACUUACUCACUUGUUUCUGGGAAACAACACGUUGAAUGGUUCGUUGCCCACUCAAAAGAGCAAGACUUUGAGCAAUAUAGAUGUUUCGUACAAUGAUUUGUCUGGUAGUCUUCCUUCAUGGGUCAGCUUACCAAAUUUGAAACUCAACCUUGUUGCUAACAAUUUCACCUUGAAAAGUCUUGACAAGAGAGGUUUACUAGGACUGAAGUGCCUGCAGAAGAACUUCCCCUGCAAUCGAGGCAAAGGAAUCUAUUCUGAUUUUUUUAUCAACUGCGGAGGGCCACAAAUACGGUCUGUUACCGUAAAGGCAUUUGAGAAGGAGAAUGAGGAUCUUGGAUCAGCUUCAUCUACCGUGAGUUAUGUUCAGAAAUGGGCAGUCAGUAGUGUAGGACUUUUUGCCGGGAGUAGCAAUAAUAUGUGGGUUAUCAACAGUCUGGACUCCGAGAUUUUUCAGUCAGCAAGACAUUCUUCAUCUUCUCUAAGGUAUUAUGGGUUGGGACUAGAAAAUGGAGGUUAUACUGUAACACUUCAGUUUGCUGAAAUAGAUAUUCUUGGUACAAACUCGUGGAGAGGUUUAGGAACACGACGUUUCAACAUUUAUGUCCAGGGAAGACUUGUUGUAAGGGAUUUUGAUAUAUGCAAAACAUCUGGUGACACUACUGUCCAAGCAGUAAUGAAAGAAUAUAAAGCAAAUGUAUCUGAAAAUUAUCUUGAAAUUCAUCAUUUCUGGGCUGGCAAAGGAUCAUUUACUGUUCCUGUUCUAGGUACUUUUGGCCCACUAAUAUCGGCCGUCAGUGCAAAACCAGAUUUUACACCAACUGUGGGCAAUAGGCCACCAACAAAAGAAAAGCAUAAGACUGGUAUUGUCGUGGGUGCUAUUGUUGGCCUUGGACUUUUAGGCAUUUUUGCCGGCGCGGGUAUGUUCAUCAUCCGAAAAAGCCGUAAGCGUUACACAGAUGAUGAAGAGCUGCUUAGUAUGGACGUAAAGCCUUACACUUUUGCUUACUCUGAACUUAAAACUGCCACUCAAGAUUUCAAUCCUUCAGACAAGCUUGGCGAGGGAGGAUUUGGGUCUGUAUAUAAGGGAAACCUGAAGGGUGGAAGGGAGAUUGCUGUUAAAGUGUUGUCAGCUGGAUCUCGACAGGGAAAGGGACAAUUUGUUGCAGAAAUCGUAGCAAUUUCUGCAGUUCUGCAUCGCAAUCUAGUAAAGCUUUACGGGUGCUGCUAUGAAGGAGAUUAUCGUUUGCUUGUAUAUGAGUAUCUCCCAAAUGGAAGUCUCGAUCAGGCACUAUUUGGAGGUGACAGAAUUUUACAUCUUGAUUGGUCAACCCGUUUUGAGAUAUGCAUGGGAGUGUCCAGGGGUCUAGCCUACCUCCACGAGGAGGCCAGUGUUCGCAUAGUACACAGAGAUGUGAAGGCCAGCAACAUUUUGCUCGACUCUAAGCUGCUCCCAAAAGUUUCUGAUUUUGGCCUUGCAAAGCUAUACGAUGACACAAAAACCCACAUAAGUACCCGAGUGGCAGGAACUAUUGGAUAUCUUGCGCCAGAGUAUGCCAUGCGCGGACACUUAACAGAGAAAACGGAUGUGUAUGCCUUUGGUAUUGUGGCUCUUGAGCUGGUGAGUGGAAGGAAAAACUCGGAUGUCAACUUGGGGAAUGAGAAAAAAUAUCUUCUUGAAUGGGCAUGGAAUCUACACGAGAAUAGCCAUGAAGUUGAACUAAUUGAUCAUGAGCUGACUGAAUUCAACAUGGAAGAAGUGAAACGCGUGAUAGGAAUUGCUCUGUUGUGCACUUACUCAUCUCAUUCCUUGAGACCACCGAUGUCAAAAGUGGUGGCUAUGCUUUCAGACGUUGAGGUUAGUGAGGUAACCUCUAAACUAGGGUACCUAACCGACCUGCGAUCUGAUGACACAUCAAGCUCCUCUUUCAGCGCCUUUCAAACUAGAGAGACAGGCGUUUCUUCAUCUUACUCGACGAGCUUUGUGACGCCCAGUGAGGGAGCCUUUAACCAAAUGCUUGGAGUCAAAAUCAAUGAGGGGAGAUGAUAAUGUCUCUUCUAUCUAUUAUGGUCGUCUAUACAUGUGUAGACCUUUGUGUAUUUAACUAUAUGAGGAUCACUAUUUCCUUCUUUGGCUAGAGAAACAUUUUCACUUUGGUUCAAUAAUGUUUUAAGCACUUCGUAAUGAGUUUGUCCGCUAAUGAAAUAAUAAUUCUAAAAAGUUUAUUUUAUUUGUGUCCGAAA